UAACAAAGAGAUACCUGUGUAUGUGGUCCAGAAAGAAAACGGAACUGGAAGAAAGAAGACACUUCAUCGAAAUCUUCUACUUCCAAUUGGAUUUCUGCCAAAGACUAAUGAGUCUGAGAUAACUCCUGCACCUAGACAGAAGCGUAAACCGAAGAAGUCUGGACGACCACCGACGAAGUCUGUUGGGGACAGCAUUGAAAAGAUGACUGCAUUGGAAUCAGAUGAGGAGUCGGAGCAGGAGUAUUGGAUAAUAGAGACAGGAAGGAGUACACCUAGCAACACUGACAGUGAAGCAGAUAUGGUAGAAAGACCUGGGAUAGAUGAUGUAACUAUCAGCGACACGGGUGACGAUCAUGAUGCCGUUGGUAGUAGCCAGGUUAACGGUUUAGUAGAGGACGCUUUACCUUCAGACAUAGGAAAUGCUGAAGAACCUAUCCCUGGAACAGAGGAUGUUGAACCUGCAGCGACUGGUCAGAAUAUUGAAGCUGACGCUUUAGAAUCAAAUAAUGGCAGUGCGUUGACGGAGGAUCCAUCUCUAGAUGAAAUGGCAGAUGAACCCACAGAUGAUGAAACUCCAACAGUACAACCAGUUAGAGAAAGAAGACGUAGAUACUUACCUACACCACCACGUCACAUACCAGAAACUACCACACUAGCUAGACCUCAGAGAAACCGGCAACCACCGAAGUACCUGCAAGAUUAUGUAACUACAGCAAAGCAGGCCACCACUAAACCAGAUUGGUUGGAAAAAGUACAUUGGUUGGAAAGUCAGGCAGAAACAGGACGAUUUAGAGGUCUAGAGAUUGAACUAUCUAGGGCUAUCAUCAAGAUUAUUGAGAACAGUUGAUAAUGUAAACAGCUUGACGAGGACGACAAGUUCAUAAAAGAGGGGAGAAAGACAGAAUGACAUGGAAGUCAUUUUCUUCAACAGAGGGGAGAAUGUAGUAGUGUCAUUUUUACGCCUAUUAAAUAACAGUAAAAAUAUCUUUAUAACGUUCUUCAAAUUAAUUUAUUAUAAACGUUUUACUCUUGAAUUUCGAUAAAAGAAUAUUAUAAUUUAAAUCCAAAUCUACACUUUACUUUUUAUAUUUAGUUCAUGAAUAUUCAAAAGGUUCUUAGUUAAAAUUGCGUAUCUGAUUGGUCAUUGUGAUUUCGCGGUCAAUUUAUAUUUUGUAUUGACCAGGUAGAUUUGAACGGGAACUUGAAAUGACAGCCACAUGAUAUUGUGUGUCCCGAGUUAUAUUACCUGUAUAUUAUUAUUUUCAUUCAUUGUGGACACAACAUAUAUCUGAUUAAUGACUCCAUUGAUGUAGUUAUAUACAGAGUAUUACUUGUGAACUGUGCCUACUCCUUACCAGUAAAACUCACUCCACAAGUGGUAAGAGUCAAUCUAUUUUAAUUAUGUAAUGUUGUAAACAGAACGUUAUGGAUUAUUUCCCUUUAAAUAUGCGGUUUUAAGCAUAUCUAAGAUAUUGGCUUAAUUAGUCUUUAUAAAAAUAGUAUUUGCAACUUAAUGAUUGUUGUAAUGUAAUAGUAUGUAAAGAUUAAAUAAUAUAUUAUGUUCCGAUUAGUUUAUUGUUAUAUGUGCAGUUUUCACUUUAGUUUUGUACCGUACACAUAGUUUACCAGUAAACAUUAUAUAGUACACUAUUUAUGAUCAAGGGUUACAUUCUUGUGUAGUAUAUCACAAUGAGAAAUAAAAGUACACGUGACAUCAAUUUACUGAAUGUAUUUAUUAUUGAAUUAGUAGUAUAGUACACAGUAAUUAAGAGCAUUGUAUUUUACUAUUACCAUAUGUGAUAAUGUGUAAUUUAAGAUACUUGUGUUUUAUAAAAUAGAACUGUUAAUUAUAAUUGUGAUAUUGUUAUUUCAGAGUUUAUUUUCUAUUACUGGUAUUAAAUCAUCCGAACCCUA